GUUUAUUGAGGUUAGUUAAUUUUUUGAAAGCUUUGCUUGUUGUAAAAUUUAUUAAAAAUGGUAAAUAAUAUAAAUAAAGAUUUUUAUAAUACCAUUUUGGCUCAGGCUUUCAGUCCUUGUGGAAAUUAUUUAGUCACAGGGGACAUUUAUGGAAAUUUAGCGAUUUUCAAUGUAUCCAAAGUGUUAACUCCUGAUGUAAAUUUUUCAAAAGAGGAAUUAACUCCUAAAAUAAAAAUUACAGUAAAAGCAGAUUAUCAAAUAAAUAGCCUAGUUACUACACCAAACCAUCUCUUAGUUGGUGGAUUUGGAGAAAUUUAUGCUUACACAUGGAAAAGUAUAAAAGGAUCCAGUAGAAGUAUUCACGUGGCCUGGUCCAUAGAAAUUCCUAACGGUCAUGAAGAGUUGAAUAAAGCUGAAGUAAAUGCAUUAAUUUAUGAUGAAGACAAUGGAAAUCUUAUUGCAGGGUGUGGAGAUAAUAAUAUCUAUAUUUUGAAUAUAGAAAGCAGAAAUGUACUGAAAGUUUUAAGUGGUCAUAGUGAUUAUAUCCAUUGUCUCACAAAAAAUGGUUCUGAUCUUCUGAGUAGUGGAGAAGAUGGAGUAGUUAAUAUUUGGGACUUAAGAACUAAUAAAGCCCAUAAUAAAAUUGAGCCAUUUAAAUAUAAGGAAAUUGAAAGACCUGAUUUAGGAAAAUGGAUAGGUGCUGUACACUGUAAUGAAGACUACAUUUUAUGUGGAGGUGGUCCAAGAUUAUCUUUGUUUCACUAUCGCUUUCUAGCUCAAUCCACCAUUUUUCCAUUCGAAGAUAAAGGCAUUCACGUGGCUCAAAUACAUGAUGACAAAGUACUUGCCGGAGGUCGAUGUAAAUUAUUUUACCAAGCAAGUUUAAAUGGUAAUGUAAUAAGUGAGAUUCCCAUCAGUGGCCCCACAGCAUAUUCAAUGGUAAAACAGGUGGACCCUUAUAAAAUAAUGUGUAUAGCGGGUUCUAGUCCAAAAAUCGAUAUAUCCACUAAUUUUAUUUAUAAAGAUCAACAAUUGUGUUUGUAUUUCUAACAAUCUAGAUUUAUGUUACAAUUUUUUAAAUAAUAAAUUAAGUUAAUACUAUUU